GAAAGGAGAAGCCGCGCGGGAUUUCAAAAAAGGCGGUUGGAAACGAGACGUGGGAAGGGAUUGGCUCCUUCGCGUGCCGUCUGGGCCAAUCGGGGACGAGGCCUGGAUGGGUUGCCAUGGCUACGCUGCCCAUCGCGUGCGCUAGGCCUCAAGUGAGACAGUUCAGCAGAGGUUCCUUUCAGAACGUUGCCUGUUGCAGAGAUGUUACCACCCAAGAAGGAGCUGCAGAGAACAACUAAGGUGAAAAGGAGACCGCAGUCAGCAGUAGUAAACUGGAAUGUGUUGGCAGAGAGGAACCAGCAGGUAACUCCUGUCGGAGCUUGGGUGGAGAGUACCCAAGACGAUGCAGAGCAGGAGGAGAGUCCAGCUUUUUCUAUAGCAGCUCAAGUUGAAGAAGAAUACAAGGAGCAACAAAAAGAAAAAGAGUGGAUGCUAAAACGUUUUCAGGAAGAAGUGAAACGCAGGGUGAACCAAUGUGUUAAAAUGCGGAGAAAGCAGCAGCUGCAGAAGUCCUAUGAAGCAGCUCUAAAAGAAGGUUCUAUGGUGAUAGGAUUUUCAGAUUCUGCAUUACAGUUGACCCCUAAGAAAAACACAUGUUUAUACAGAAGCAGCCCCGAUUCUACCAUCUGCAGGUCUGGUAGUAGAAUCUCCUCUGUGGAAGGAGCUAGAUUCAUGAUGGAACAGGGAGAAAAACCACAAACCAAAACUGUUACGAAGACUGUGCAGCAGACUAUCCGUCACAAACUUGCUUCACGAAAAGCUGCAUCAGAUGCUCUUCCUCCAGAACUUCCAGGAGGUCCUUGGGAAAGCGGUCCAAAUAAAGAGUUGCCAGAAUCUUGCAAGAAAACCUCCAUAAAUGCAGAAGGUGAAGAUUUUCUUCUUGUAGGACACCAUGACCUUCCUGCAGAACUGCAAGAUCAAGAACAAGAGCAGUGGAGAAAGGAUGUGGAUUAUAUCAUAGAGUUUAAAAAAGUUAAUAGUGAGAUACUGAAAGGAACCUGCCCAGUGGCCUAUUCGGCAUCUGGCAUCAAGACUUGGUCUCCUCAGAUACUUUGGCCUGGAAGAGAGACGGAAGAAUUGAAGAAGCAGCGUCAAAAUCAGUACCUAAGAUACAGGCGACUCUUCAUGGAUAUUGAAAGAGAGCAAGUGAAGGAGCAACAAAGACAGAAGGAAUGUCAAAGAAAAAUGGAGAAAAUAAAGAGAGGAAAAGAGCAACAACGCCAUAGAGAGGAACAGAAGAUCAUGGAGAAGCAACAGGCAAAAGAACUAGUGACACAGGAAAUGCUCUCCCAGGGAGAUGCAAGUUCCAGGGAAAAGGCUUGUAAAAAAUUGGAACAGCUUAAACUAGAAGACACAGAAGAGAGGAAAGGCAUCAUGGAAAAACAGCGACGGAAUAAGGAAUAUGCGCGAUAUGCAGAAGCCCUACGUGCCCAAAUGCGGGAGAAAAUCGAAAUGUACAAUAUCAAUUUGCCUCCGUUGUGCUUCUGUGGGUCAGAUUUCUGGGACUCUCAUCCAGAUAGUUGCGCCAACAACUGUGUGUUCUAUAAAAAUCACAAAGCAUAUGCCCAGGCGCUGCAGUCUGUCAUCUCAUCUUGUAAUGUUCUUGAUGGUGGUUCAAACACAAGACUUGCUGUUCAUACUUUUGCUACAGUAUAUGCUCGUUCAAAGAAUUUAUGAAAAAUGACUCGAAGAUUUUUGAAUUACUUACCAGAAUCUCCUGUUUGCUGCAUUAUACCAAAGGUUUCCCUCCUCCAAUGUCUAAAGCCUACCUUGUGAAAUAGUCAAGCAGGAAAGUUCUUUAAAAGACUGACUUCAGUAGGACGGUAUUACUGGUAACAAAACUGCUGAUAAAAUGCAGAAUUUGUUGACAUUCUUAUGUUUAAGGGCCUUAUGUGAAAUUAUGCAUCUUAACACAUUCCUGGGUGGAUCCUUGUAAAUAUAAAGAAGACUAUAUGGAAGAUUUUGUUCUGUUUGAUUAUACCUGGACAACUGGAAACCUAGAAGUAUACAAUCACAACUUGAGAGGGUACCAUUUUCUUUCUCAUUAAUAUGAAUUUGUAUUUUAGUCAGGAAUGCUUCUGCACCCCUUCUCUAUUAACAGAGAAACACUCAACUUUCCUAUAUGUAAAUUGUAGUAUUUAUAGUUAGAACCAUUCUGUUUUGAGGAAGUUGCAGGAAGAUUGUUCAUUGCAGUUGACAAAUUCAAUAAAGAUGUUUUAAAAUU